CUAUCUUUUGCUCAGACCAAAAGACCCAAACUCAACAUGGCGGACGACGUCGCGGUGGACAGUCCGGGAUCGCGCCGCCAACGCAAAGCCAGUGCUACCCCAUCGCCCAGCAAGCGCGGUGCAGUUGCUGCUGUGACCGGCGAGCGUGCUGCGACCAGCAGUCCCUCGGCAGUCCUGGCUGAAGCGAUUGAGCAAUCGCUGCUGAUGACGGAAACCGGACGCGAUCGCGCGAGUCCAGCACCAGACACUUUGUCGUCCCGCGCUGCUGCUGCCCAGCAGUCAUCGCCGAGCUCCAGCUCGCCAGGUGGAUCCAAGCGUGGCGGAGGCAAGCGUGCGCAGCAGGGAGCGUCUGCCAGCGGAGCCAACCAGGAAUCCUCCGUUGCGGCACCGAGCGUGAACUCAAGCACGGACAACGCACAUCGAUCGAGUCACAGGCAAGGCCGAGGCAACGACCAGGCGUCGAAGGGUGCAGCUGCACACCAACGAGCUCCGGAGCACACCAAACCCGGCCGAGCCAACCACAACAAUCGAAACCAAGCUGCCGUUGCCGCUUCUGCUUCUUCGAGCUCUUCGCCACAUCCCGCCGCUGCAUCGUCGCAGUCACACUCUCCAGUUUGUCAGUUCUUCCUGACGCCGGCUGGAUGCAUGAGCGGAGCAGCUUGUGCCUUUUCGCAUCAAAUGCCUGCGACAGUCUCAGUUGCAGCAUCUUCUCCUGCUUCGUCUUCCUCCACGGCAGCACACAACGGCAGGAACUCUACCACUGCAGCAGCUAGUGCGUCAGCCCAAGCUCCGACUGGCUCUGCGGCCGGCACUCGACCUUCGCGAGAACAACGCGCGUCCACUCUACCCGUUUGCCGAUUCUUCCGUCAGGGUGAGUGCGCUUCUGGUGCCAACUGCCGCUUUCGACAUCCCACGCCCGAGCAGGCUGCUGGGGAACAAGAGGCCAAGGCCGCCACGGCAGCAGCUUCCGAGGAGCCUGCCUCCAGCCAGAAAUCUCGGCGCCAAAACCUGUCCAAGCGCUCCGCCGCGACUUCUGCGACCGCCGCCGUUCCCAGCAGCAGCAGCAGCAUGACGGCAUCAAAGGCACCUGCCACCCCCGAAAACCCCCAAACAGCAGCUCCAGCCCCGCCGCCUACCAUCACAGUCGCUGCACUCUUCGAUGUGCAGUUGCAACAGCUGCGCGCAGCAGAACUGACUGCGCUCAAGCGUCGCUUCACUUCGGCGCAGCUGCAACCAGACGAGGUUUCGAGCACGACACCAGUCGCCACCAUCACGUUUGAUGUGGUGCCGACCGACCCCGAUUGGCCGUUUGAGGUUGAUGCAAUCCGUUUGCAGGUGGCGCUUGGUCCUCGGUAUCCUCUUUUGCCGCCUGCAAUUACGGCGCUGCCCACCCAGACCAUGCCCGAGCGUUUUGUCGGAUUUCUGAAUCGGCUGCUGGUUGCGCCGAUUGCGGAGCAACACCAACUCGUGCUCUCAAGCAAGUUUGUGCAGCCUGCAUCGGGUGCCGCGCCUGACGUGCAGUCUCAGACACCGUUGCUCAUGAUUCGCCCGUUUCUCAAGUGGCUGGACAAGAACCUCGAGCGCCUGUUUGUCGAGGCCGGACGCCAAAUGCGGCGCGAUGACGAGAUUCAGAAGACGCUGAAAUUCGUGAGUGCCACAGAGCUGAGAACCAAAGUCUAUGGCUCUGAAGAAGCCGCAGCCGAACCAACCCCUCCUCGCACAAUCAACAACGGACCCAGUAACAGUAACGCGGGUGCUGCAUCCGUUGCCAGCAACGCGAUUUCGUCUGGUUCAAACGCUGCAAAGGUGACUGCCACAUCCAAGCCGCCCGAACAAGAGCGAUUCAACUCGAACGACGUCUUUGCCGGCGUGGACAGCGACGACGACGACAGCGACGACAGCGACGACGACAGCAAUUUGGAUGACGUGAGCGACGAUGCAGCAGACUCUGGCGAGGACAAUGCGGAAUCGGGCGAGGACCAAACAGACGAGUUCGCGUCGGCCAUGCCACAACUCUCGGCCAUGGCUGCUGCUGCGGCGCCGAAAGGCACGGAAGUUCGGCUGACAAGCUUGCAGAUGACCAACAUUGCCCUCUUGCGCGUCGAGCUGCUGCAUCUGAGUUUACAGUGCUCCCGAUGCAAGGCCAGCCUCGACAUCAAACUGCGACCACUCUCCUCGCCGGCAGGUGAAUGUGAGCGGUGUCGGUCGGCAUUCAGCGUGCAUCUUCGGCCAGCCAUCGUGCACGCAGCAUCGCCCGCACUCGGCUACCUCGAAAUGGCGGGCUGCUCUGCCGUGGACGUCGUUUCGCACGAUUCUGAGGUCACCUUCCAAUGCCUCGCUUGCAUGAACGAGUCGACCAUUCGACAGUCCCCGUUCGUGCUCGGCGAAACGCGCACGCAUCCCUGCCGCCACUGCCACGAAAGCAUGUCCGUCGCGUUGACGAGCAUCACGUUUGUUCGGCACUUGGAAGGCAGCGACGCUGCUGGAACCAGCAAUGACGCGACUGGCGGCAAGUCUGCCUCUGGCGUGACCAACAUGGGCAAGCGACUGCUCACCUCCAAGCGUCCGCGCCCCGUCAAGGAUCCCAACAUCAAACCCGGCUCUCCCUUGCCGGACUUUGGAACGUGUGCCCACUACAAGAAGUCCUACCGUUGGGUGCGAUUCCCGUGCUGUGGUCGAGCGUUCGCGUGCGACAUUUGCCACAACGAGAACACGCCGGACGGUCAUCAUCCGCAAUGGGCCACCCGCAUGAUUUGCGGCUUUUGCUCCAAGGAACAAAACUUUGCGGCACACAAGCCAUGCAGCUGCGGCAAAGCCUUGACGGCCGAUACAUCCACCCGGUACUGGGAGGGUGGCGAAGGCUGCCGCAACAAAAAGUCCAUGUCACGCAAGGACAAGCACAAGUUUUCCGACUCCAAGCUGAAAACACACUCACGCAAGGCCGAUCGAGUGGGUCCGAAGAAAGCCGGAAAGAACGACGAAAAGGGCGGCGACAGCGACAGCGACUGAUCUGUUGCAUUGUACUGUAGAUCUAAAUGAUUAACGACAGAAAGUAAUACCGUCAAAAUGUGC